AUGACUGCAGAAAAGGGAAGCAUGGAAGCGGCUAAAUGGGUAUUAUCGGUAGAUGGUUCAUCCAACCUUAAAGGAAGCGGAGCAGGAGUAACGUUGGAAGGACCAUACGGGGUGUUAAUAGAGCAAUCUUUAAGGUUUGACUUCAAAUCAAGUAACAACCAAGCUGAGUAUGAAGCUUUGUUUGCCGGAAUGCGUUUAGCUCUCAAAGUAGUAGUUAAGGAGCUGGAGGCAAAGAGUGACUCUCAGCUAGUCUUCAGGCAGGUCACAGGAAACUUCCAAACAAAGGACCCUCAACUUUUGAUGUAUCUCGAGAGCGUCAUAGAGCAGAACGGUAGAGCAGACUUGUUGGCUAAGUUGGCUAGCACCAAGCGACAAGGGAAUAAUAGAUCAGUGAUUCAAGAGACUUUGAAACAACCAAGUAUUGAGCAGAAGGAAUUUCUUUUUCUUACAGAAGAUUUCAAGUCAUGGAUGGGACAUAUCAUUCGUUAUCUAAAGGAUGAUCAGCUUCCAAUGGAGGAGGAACAGGCGUCUAAAGUAAAGAAAAGGGCAAUCAAGUUUGUUGUUAUCGCAUAUCAACUCUUCAUAAGGGGUUUCUCUAGCCCACACUUGAAGUGCUUAGCUCCCCAGCAGGCCGAGUAUGUCAUAGCUGAGGUCGAUGAAGGGAUUGCUCCAAGUACGUCAAGAAGUGUGACAAGUGUCAGCGAUUUUCUAAAAGCUCAUCCUGAAUACCUAAGUUCAGUGAUUUCGCCUUGGCCUUUUUUCAAAUGGGGAGUGGAUAUCCUGGGUCCGUUCCCUCUAGCACAGGGUCAGUUGAAGUUUUUGAUUGUGGCAGUGGACUACUUCACAAAGUGGAUUGAGGUUGAGCUAGUGGCCACUAUUACGGCAGAUAGGAUCAAGAAGUUUUAUUGGAAGAAGAUUAUUUGCAAUUUUGGUCUCCCCGCAGUUUUGGUUACUGACAAAGGAACUCAAUACGCUAGCUCAUCUAUGGCAAAUUUCUGCAAGGAAUGGGGGAUAAAACUUAAUUUUACCUUGGUCAAGCACCCACAGUCGAAUGGUCAAGCUGAGUCAGCAAACAAGGUAAUUUUGCAAGGUUUAAAGAAGAGAUUGGAGGCAGCCAAAGGACUAUGGGUAGAGGAGUUACCAAUGGUAAUGUGGUCAUAUCACACCACCCCACACUCAUCCACACAGGAAACUCCCUUCAGGAUAGUGUAUGGAUCAGAUGCUAUGAUUCCAAUUCAAGUCAUGGAACCAAGCGCAAGAGUCCUUUUUGCACAGGAAGAAGUGAACAAUAGUAACCUACUGAACAACUUAGACUUCCAGGAAGAAGUUCGAGCGCGAGCUCAAGUGAAGGAGGAAGCUUGUAAGAGAAGAGCAGAACAGAGGUAUGACACAAAGGUAAGAAUGAGAAGUCUUAAGCAAGGGGACUUAGAGCUGAGGAAAAGGCCAUGA